AUGAGUGGUCCGGGGAAAGACGAGGAGCGGCCGAAGCUAGAACGGUUCGACGGCAGCCAACCAAGCAGUUACCGGAAGUGGCGGCGGAAGGCAGAGCUUAUUUUUUUGGCCUUGCCAACCACCUACACGAAGGAUCGUUGGGGUGCCACGCUCUCGGAGUACGUCUCUGGAGAAGCAGAAGAGGUCUGUGAAGGACUUCCUCUGGAGAAAAUCACCAAAGAGGAUGGGCACAAGUUGAUCUUUGGAGCGUUGGAUGGAAGGUAUAAGGAGUCAGACAAAGAAGCGCUGCAUAACCACUUGCAGGAGUACUUCUACGACGUGAAGAUUCGGCCAGGUGAGUCCUACAGGAACUUGACAAUCAGGCUGGAUACGUCGUAUCGGCGUCUACAAGAACACUCCGUAGAGCUUCCUGAAGAGGUGCGUGGAUGGUUUUUGCUGCAAAAGAUCAAGCUUGAUCAGGCAUCCCAGGCGAUGCUGCUUACUUCGACGAAAGGAUCCCUGAAUCGAUAUUUCCACGGUGUCGCGUCAAAUGCUGUGGGAAAGACGAAGGAGGUCUUCACUGCAGAGGGCGACGAGCUGGAAUAUGACAUGGAAGAGUCCGCAGCCGAUGUCUAUGAGGCGAUCGCUGGUCAGUUUCAACAAGCUGAAGAAUAUGAUGAUGAAGAUGCGCUGGAUGUGUUUGAGACCUACAAGGAUAUCAGGCGCAGAGUUCAGCAGAAGAAAUUGGGGCGAGGCUACAAAGGGCAUCAAGGAGGUGAUUGGAAGCUGACUGGGACGUUGAAGGGCAAGCUUGACAUGUUGAAAAGCAAAACCAAGUGCCACUUGUGCAAGGAGGUGGGCCACUGGAAACGCGAAUGCCCCAAGCAGUCACAGAUGGCUGGUAGUGGGCGGCAGACGCGGCCGAGUGGCUCGAACGAUGCGAUGGUUGCUGAUGACUUCGGCAGUGGCAACGGCUACAAGGAUGUGGCCGAAGAACACUUUUUGGACGUCGACGAGAUCGAGAAGUUUGAGAUCUUCUCGGCAGAGCGCGGCAGCGGUGACAUCGAUGUCGUUUUGGCCAGCAAGGAUGAAGCGAUCGGCCAAGAUGAUGAAGUGAGGGGGGACUUUGAGCAGAGUUUGACACAGUUUAUGGAGGGCGACAGUGCCGGUAUCGGUGAGGCAUACAUGGCUGAGUUGAGCAUGGGGUCACAAGCCAUGAGCUACAUGGGACAGAUGGCGCCAGAUGCUCCAAUGGAGAGCUAUGUGAGGACCCAGCUCAUCACCGACCUCAUGAACGAAGUCACGACACAAGAGACGGCGGGAGAACUGAGCGACCUGAGUGCGAAGAUCCUCGACGAGGCACCAGAUCACAGUGACGACGCGCCCGUCGCCGACGUACCCGGGAUUGGCAUGCUGGGCAAGGUCAUCUUCAACGUGGGCAAGUUCCAGAAAGCCGGCCAACUGGUGAACUUCAAAACCGCCUACCUGACCGACAAGAAGUACACGGCAUGGGUCAGGCAGUUCAUCAAAGGGAAGUCGGUGGAUCCGAACUCCAAGGGAAACCACCCAUGA